UACUCGCUCGGUCGAUUUAUUAGCUGCCUCAAAAAUCAUGAGUCAUAUCCACUCUAACAACGAUCCAUUUGCCUUGAACGGUCARCCUCCAGAGAAGAAAUUCAAAAUGGAAAAUCCUGAUACACAGAACAACACUUUUUUAUUCACCUCGGAGUCCGUUGGUGAAGGACAUCCAGAUAAGAUGUGCGAUCAGAUAUCGGAUGCGAUUUUGGACGCACAUUUAAAGGAGGAUCCCAACGCCAAAGUCGCUUGUGAGACUGUUGCCAAGACUGGUAUGAUAUUGCUCUGUGGGGAGAUCACRUCAAAUGCACAAAUCGACUACCAACAAGUAGUACGUGACUGCAUUAAAGAUAUUGGCUAUGAUGACUCUAGCAAAGGUUUUGAUUAUAAAACAUGCAACGUACUUGUAGCACUUGAACAACAAAGUGCCGACAUUGCUCAAGGUGUACAUCUAGGACGACAUGAAGAUGACGUAGGUGCUGGUGAUCAAGGUCUUAUGUUUGGUUAUGCUACUGAYGAAACUGAAGAACUUAUGCCUUUAACAGUAGUAUUAGCRCAYGGUAUGAAUAGAAAACUAGCAGAUUGCCGRCGAGAUGGCACCAUGCCCUGGGUGCGGCCAGAUUCAAAGACACAAGUCACAGUGGAGUAUAAAUUUGAGAAUGGUUCAGCUAUUCCUCUUCGUGUUCAYACCAUCGUCAUCUCUGUACAGCAUGAUCCGUCUAUCACAGUAGAGAAACUUAGAAAGGAAUUAAUGGAGAAGAUUGUCAAGACUGUUGUACCAGCUAAGUACCUAGAUGAAGAAACCGUCUUUCACUUGCAACCAUCAGGGCUGUUUGUUAUUGGUGGACCACAAGGUGAUGCUGGUUUGACAGGAAGAAAGAUCAUUGUCGAUACYUAUGGUGGCUGGGGAGCUCAUGGUGGAGGUGCCUUCUCUGGUAAAGACUAUACAAAGGUUGAUAGAUCAGCAGCAUAUGCUGCCAGAUGGAUUGCAAAGUCUCUUGUAGCAGCAAAGCUAUGCAGACGUGUUUUAGUUCAAAUCUCCUAUGCUAUUGGUAUUGCUCAGCCCUUGUCUGUAACUGUGUUCUCCUAUGGAACAAGCACAAAGUCUGAAGAUGAACUCUUACAGAUUGUCMGGGAAAACUUCGAUUUACGACCAGGAAGAAUUGUCAAGGACCUUGAUUUGAAAAAACCAGUCUACCAAAGAUCUUGUGUCUAUGGUCAUUUCAAGUCUGGUUUCACGUGGGAAGUGCCCAAGGAAUUAAGCUCUUAACUAAAGACUAUUUCCAAUUUUUCUCAAACGAAUAUGAACUCAAUUGAAAUGAAUUUUAAAAGGACAAGAAGAACUCUUUGUGCAAGAAGUAACAAUACAAAGUUCCAAAGUUUUACAAAGUUUGAUUUUCAGACCAUUGUACUGUUGUUGGCCUGUGUUCAGCUUGCAUGCAGGUUAUUCUAGYGUAUGGCUUGUUGUAUAGUCAAUGGAAGAUAGUGGAAAUUUCCAGAUAAGGGCUUAGGCUUUUCGUGAGUUUGUUCCUUCAUCAAAUAUUAUAUUUACAUAUUUAASUUUUUCAAUGUCUGGAGUUUGUACURCAAGUCUGGCYGUUCAUCAUGUACUAAUAUAAACAUCAUMAUAAUAAAUACUGCGUUGUAUUAGUUGUUAGUAAGUUAAAGUUGAGGUUGGUCAAUAUAUAGAUAUGAAAGUUUCACAAUGAUUCUGUAAUCAAAAUUCWCAAAAAUUAUUAACAUUUUCACUUAUCAACAACAUAGUUUUGGUACUUUUAUAUACAAAAAAAUGUAUUAGACUACCAAACUCUAGUUUUCAUAUUUCUCAAUAGUGACGUUUUUAUGUAAAUUAAUGAAACAUCUGUAAUCAAUAAAUGUGUGACAUUAGUURGUAGUUGCUGUAAAGUUGCUCUGAAUAGAAUUAAAAGCUAUUUGUAGAA